AUGUUGGUCAUUAUUCCACCACAUCAUCAUUCUGGUCUGCAGGUGAAGGUGACUCCUGCUGCAGAGGGACAGAAGACACUGACCUGUAGCACCACCUGUACUCUGACUGACAACCCCACCUACAUCUGGUACAAGAACGGACAACAUCUAGAUGAGAGCACCUCCCCCCAGUACAAAGAUCCAGUCUCCAGUAACUAUGAAGACAGUUAUUCCUGUGCUGUAAAAGGCCAUGAGGAUCUCCUCUCUCCUGCAGUUUUUGACCUCUUGUUAUGUCACUGUGUUUCAGGUGUUCAGGGUCAGAGCUGCUACAGAGUGAUUUACACAAAGAGGAGAAUCUGUGUCUUGAAGGAGUCAACUUUGGACAUAUCCUGUUCUUAUGUUGGUUAUUAUUACACCAUAUCAUCAUUCUGGUUUAGAAGUGAUAAGUCGACCCCUGAAGACCUAACCACAGACCCAGGGUAUGCAGGUCGUGUGGAGUACACUGGAACAUACAGAGGUCCCUUCACCCUGAGAAUCACAGAUCUGAGAGAGGAGGACUCAGCUGAGUAUCGCUUCACUUUUAAAACAAACAACUUUGAAUGGGGUCAUAGUUUCCCAGGAACAACUCUGUUUGUCACAGGUCUGCAGCUGAAGCUGACUCCUGCUGCAGAGAGACAGAAGACACUGACCUGUAUCACCACCUGUACUCUGACUGACAACCCCACCUACAUUUGGUACAAGAACGGACAACGUCUAGAUGAGAGCACCUCCCCCCAGUACAAAGACCCAGUCUCCAGUAACUAUGGAGACAGUUACUCCUGUGCUGUAAAAGGCCAUGAGGAUCUCCACUCUCCUGCAGUGUGUGUUCGGGGUGAGAGCUGUAUGAAUGUGACUUAUACCCAUCAGAGUAUCUGUGCUUUGAAAGGGUCAACAGUGGACAUAUCCUGCUUUUACACGCAUCCCAGUUGGCAUAACGUCACAGAAGUGUCCUGGUUCAACAAAUGGGAGUCUGGUGUCAAUAAAGACCUGAGCCUGAACCCAGAGUAUGCAGAUCGUGUGGAAUACCAUCGACAAACAGAAAAGGACUCCACCCUGAGAAUCACAGAUCUGAGAGAGGAGGACUCAGCUGAGUAUCGCUUCACUUUUAAAACAAACAACAUUGAAUGGGGUCAUAGUUUCACAGGAACAACUCUGUCAAUAACAGACCUGCAGGUGAAGGUGACUCCUGGUACAGUGACAGAAGGAUCAUGGGUUAUACUGACAUGUAGCACCACCUGUACUCUGACUGAAAUCCCCAACCCCACCUACAUCUGGUACAAGAAUGGAGAGGAGCUAUUUUCUGACUCCUCUCCCCAGUAUCAAUACUCAGUCAGUAGAGGAGGUUCUGACAGCUACUCCUGUGCCUUAAUAAGAGGCCAUGACAAACUCAGCUCUCCUGAAGUCACAGUGGAUACUUCUUCUCUGAGCUGCUUAAGGGUGACCUACACCAGUAGAGGCAUCUGUUCCUUGAUACCAUCAGUGGACCUGCGUUGCACUACCAUAUAUCCCACAGACCUGCAGGUGAAGGUGACUCCUGACACAGAGGCAGGGAAGAGGACACUAACCUGUAGCACCACCUGUACUCUGACUGGUAACCCCACCUACAUCUGGUACAGGAAUGGACAGUCUCUUGCUUGGCUCACUUCCCAAAAACACUCUGUCUGGAGUUCUGAAACAGAAAGUUACUCCUGUGCUGUUAAAGGCCAUGAGGAUCUCCGCUCUCCUGCAGUGUGUGUUCAGGGUCACAACUGCUGGAGGGUGACUUACACCAAGAGGAGAAUCUGUGUCUUGAAGGGCUCCACAGUGGACAUAUCCUGCUCUUACACUCAUCCCACUAGUUAUAUAGAUCAAGGUUCAUUCUGGUUUACACAGAAACACCCUGCAGAUGUCAGGUCAUAUCCAGAGUCUGCAGGUCGUGUGCAGUACAAUAGGAACACAGAGAACCACCACACCAUGACAAUAACACACCUGACAGAGAAGGACUCGGCUGAAUACAUAUUCAGAUUAAUAACAACAGAUGAGGGGAGAUUUUCUGGUCUUCCUGGUGUGAUGUUGACUGUCACAGAUAUCCUGUUGGAGAUGGAUCCUACGUCUGUGUCAGAGGGGGAGAGAGUCACACUGAGAUGUAGAACCCAAUGUACAGUCAGUCUCAACCCCACCUACAUCUGGUACAAGAACGGACAAAGUCUGACCAACCCAAUCACCAGUUAUAACAGCCUGAUCCUAGACCCAGUCACCAGUUAUAACAGCCUGAUCCUAGACCCAGUCACCAGUUAUAACAGCCUGAUCCUAGACCCAGUCACCAGUUAUAACAGCCUGAUCCUAGACCCAGUCACCAGUUAUAACAGCCUGAUCCUAGACCCAGUCACCAGUUAUAACAGCCUGAUCCUAGACCCAGUCACCAGUUAUAACAGCCUGAUCCUAGACCCAGUCACCAGUUAUAACAGCCUGAUCCUAGACCCAGUCACCAGUUAUAACAGCCUGAUCCUAGACCCAGUCACCAGUUAUAACAGCCUGAUCCUAGACCCAGUCACCAGUUAUAACAGCCUGAUCCUAGACCCAGUCACCAGUUAUAACAGCCUGAUCCUAGACCCAGUCACCAGUUAUAACAGCCUGAUCCUAGACCCAGUCACCAGUUAUAACAGCCUGAUCCUAGACCCAGUCACCAGUUAUAACAGCCUGAUCCUAGACCCAGUCACCAGUUAUAACAGCCUGAUCCUAGACCCAGUCAGCAGUGAGGAUGCAGGGAACUACUCCUGUGCUGUAGAAGGCUUAGAGAGAAUCCUCUCUCCAGAAGAGACUCUCACUGUCAGAUAUGGUCCAAAGAACACCUCAGUGUCAGUCAGUCCCUCUGGUGAAAUAGUGGAGGGCAGUUCAGUGACUCUGACCUGCAGCAGUGAUGCCAACCCACCUGUGGACAAAUGCACCUGGUACAAGAAGAACGUAACCUCACCAAAAGCAUCAGGACAGAGUUACAGCAUCACUAACAUCAUCUCUGAGGACAGAGGAGAAUAUUACUGUGAAGCUGAAAAUAAAUAUGGACGUCUCAACUCUUCUUCUGUGUUUGUGGACGUUCAGUCAUUGUUUCUCUGGGUUCCUGUGAUGGGGGUGGGGGCUGUCCUGACUGUUGGAGCUCUUCUUGUCACCAUCUACUGCUAUAUGAAGAGGAGACACACAGGAGGAAGUGAUGACACAGCAGACAGACCGAGUGUCCAUCCUGACCCCAACAGUGACAUGUACACAUCUCUGAACAUGAUGACCAGGUCACCAGAGUAUGACACCCUGGCAAAUGUGAGGGACUUCGCAGUGACACAGCCCUCAGAUACAUGCUGAGCUCUCCAAUUAUGAGAACUUAAGAGAACCACCACAGAACCUGGACAGAAGAGAACCACCACAGAACCUGGACUGAAGAGAACCACCACAGAACCUGGACUGAAGAGAACCACCACAGAACCUGGACUGAAGAGAACCGCCACAGAACCUGGACUGAAGAGAACCACCACAGAACCUGGACUGAAGAGAACCACCACAGAACCUGGACUGAAGAGAACCACCACAGAACCUGGACUGAAGAGCAACAGCAUCAAACCAAAGCUAGGCCUCACAAUGUUAUUCUCUUACUAUGAUAUUGCUUUUUAAUCUAUAAGGUUUGAGACAAUGAGCUUUAACUUUUGAGUUGAGUAUCUGGAGCAUCAGCAUUUGUGGGUUAAUUUACAGGAUCAAAAUGUCAACUUAUCUGUUUACUAUCUGUAGAUUGUAUUGCUUAUCUUUUUUAUAGGAUUUUGCCAAUUCUAGAUUUUUAUAACAUAUAAAGUUUUGGCUUGUCUUAGUGACACAAAAAUGAAUAAUAUUGACAAGAGAUUUUAAAUAUUUGCAUCUCUGGAGUUGUUCCUGAUGUGUUAAAAUAUGUUUUACUUUGUAUUGCUGUCAGUCAUUACUGGUCAUUUUAUAUUUUAUAUUAUGUAAUACCAUAUUGUUCAGUGUCAUGAUAUUGCUUGUUUCAUUAUCAAAUAAUUAAUAAUGACAUAUUUUAGAUACAUUGAAUACAGUAUAAGCAUCAUGUUGUAAAUAAGCUCAAAGGGAGACAAUAAAAAGACAACAAAUAAAUAUAUUAUUUUGUUAAUUUACAUCUAAUCAUAACUACA